UCUAUCACACACUCCCUCUCGCUCUCUUCCUUCAUGCAAACUAUAAUUUCUAGGGUACAAAAAAAAGUUCCCGCUUGGUCGCAAGUGAAAGGUUGUUUCAACAUUACAAUUCCGUUAGUUGGGUACUGGAUUUGCCACCCUUCGGGUCAAUUAACACAACUGUUACCAUUUCUCGUGGAAAAUGUUAUUGUCCAGUCUGUCAUCGAUAAAAUCACGUCUGUCAUUGUCAUCGUUGACCAGGACUGUUGUGGGACAACAUUCUUCGCCUUGUAUGGUCGCGCGGGGUUAUUCAGCCUAGUGUAAUUCUAAUUAUUAGAAAUAUUUAUGAUUAAUUAUUGAUCGAAUCGCACGUGGAGGAACAAAGAGGGAACAGGAACGGAUUUUAACCUUGUGUUCUGUUUUCCGCCUGGGCAAAUUCGUUGAAGAUGAGACAUGUAGGUGAGCGUCGGCCAUUUUGAAGAAGAACUGGAUCUUCCUUUAAACAGAGUCUAUUGAUGUACUUUUUGGCGGAGGUGGGAAGCUAGUUACAAUUAUUGACCGUAUGCACCUGGGCGAAAAAAAUUAUAAAAGAUUAUGAAAAGAAAAAAAAAAUAGGCGCCGAAUAUUUCCUGUUAAUGUAUUUAACCAUCUGAAGGUCGGCCACGCCUAAGUCUCGGAGGUAUAAAAGCACGCCACGGUCUGUCCUGACUUCAGACUUGACCUUCUUACCGAAAUCGACACAGUCCUAGGAACAAUGAGUCCGUUGGAGGUGCUCUUCUUCUGCUUGGUAGCUACCGUAUCUGCCGGUCCACAUGUGGCCGUCGGUCCGGCCGGCGUCUGGGGAGGCUCCGUCGCCGUACCCGCAGUUGCUAAGACUGUCGGCUACUCUACACACACCGUAGGAGUAGCUGCCGCCCCCGCUGUCGGCUAUGCCGCCGCCCCUGUUGUCGCCGCUAGGACUUACGGAGUCGCUGCCGGCCCCGCUGUCGGAGUCGCUGCCGCUCCCGCUGUCGGAGUCGUGGCCGCUAGGACUUAUGGAGUAGCUGCUGCCCCCGCUUUCGGAUACGCCGCCGCCCCCGCUGUCGGAUACGCUGCCGCCCCCGCUGUCGGAGUCGUCGCUGCUAGAACUUACGGAGUAGCCGCCGCCCCCGCUGUCGUUUCUCACCGAACUGACGUCGCUCACGUCCCGACCACCGCCGUAGUCGACACCCCCACCGUCGUCCAAGGCACCGCUCUUUCAAAGACCGUCCACUACGAGAACCGCCCCGUCGUCACCGGCUACACCAGCACCGUCGUGAAGCCCGACCUCGGCAGACUCGCCACUCCCCUCCACACCGUCACCCAACAGAGGGUAGCCGCUGUCGGCAGGCCCGUCCAGACCGUCGUACCCCACGUCACCCAGGUCCAACCCGAAGUCCACGUUCAGAGAGUCGCCGUAGACGUCCCCGUCAAGACACCCGUCGUCAGCGAAGUGGAAGUCCGCACUCCAGUCGUUCAAUCCGCCCCCGUCGUAGCCGCUGCUCCCGCCGUCGGUGUCGUCGCCGCCAGGACUUACGGAGUAGCCACUGCUCCCGCUGUCGGCUAUGCCGCCGCCCCUGUUGUCGCCGCUAGGACUUACGGAGUCGCUGCCGCUCCCGCCGUAGGAGUCGUCGCCGCUAAGACUUACGGAGUCGCCGCCGCCCCUGCUGUCGGUUAUGCCACCGGAUACGCCGCCGCCCCCGCCGUAGUCGCCGCCGCCAAGACUUACGGAGUCGCUGCCGCCCCUGCUGUCGGUUACGCCACAGGAUAUGCCGCCGCCCCCGCCGUAGUCGCCGCCAAGACUUACGGAUACGCCGCCGCCCCCGCCGUAGUCGCCGCCAAGACUUACGGAGUCGCUGCCGCCCCUGCUGUCGGUUAUGCUACCGGAUACGCCGCCGCCCCCGCUGUAGUCGCCGCCAAGACAUACGGAGUCGCCGCCGCCCCCGCCGUCGGAUACGCCACCCACGGCGUUGUCGGCCACCAUGGAGUCGUUGCCAAAACCGUUUGGUAAUUUCUCUAAACACUUCCCUUCUCCUAUUAUAUAAUAAAGUCUCACUUUUUUUUUUUAAAUUUA